AUGAAUAUAUCAUUCAGUGAAAAAGAUGUAGAGAAUGUGCAAAAAAGAUGGAAGCAACUUCGUGAUUGUUACAUAAAGUCAAAGAGGAAGAUGAAAGAAUAUUUGCCAAGAGGAUCGGCUGCGCGUAGCACAAAAAAUGCAAAAUCAACAUUUCGUUUAUAUGAACAAAUGAAGUUCCUUGAUGAUGUUCUGGAUAAAUCAGUAACUGUCAGUAGUUUGCCGGAGAACACAAGCACAAACGAUAUUGCUGAAGACAUUGAGUUGGUAACUGCAAAUCCUACACUGACGACGGUAUCUCAACCAUCAACUUCUACUGACAGUCAGCAGUCCCUAAUUAGUGAACCUACAUCCUCGCCAAGUUACCAACGACGAGCAUCAAGAAAAUCGAAAAGUGAUGAUAACAGCAGUGAUAUAAGAGCAGCAAUUUGCUCAGCCCUUGACAGUGAAUCUAUAAGAAAGGAUGCAGUGGAUGGAUUCCUGCUUCAAAUUGGAGAUCGUCUACGAGCCCUCCCAAUACGCGAGAGAUAUCAAUUUGAAAUACAAAUCUUGUCCCUACUUUUCGAAUUAGAACAAAAAUUGAUCUCGUCUAAUGACGUGUUUGUGCAAAUGUUACGUUUUUGUUCUGUGAUAAUUCGUUAUUUACAUUAA